AUGAUUCAUUCAAAAACUUUAGCGACUCCAUCUACACCAAAGAAGCGGCGAAGUUCGUUGAAAAAGGAUUUUCGCCAAACCGUAUUUGAAAAUAUACAUUAUCUUGGCUGUUCGAAAAUUGACGACCCGUCAAAUGAGGCUGAAAUGCUUAGGUUGAUGCGUUUUCUCGAUGAACAGCGAACAUCUGCCACAGUGACUGUGUCCUUGGCUGUUCCACAUUCUGCUCGAGGCAUAGUCGUGUGCGUUGUGAUUUUUUUAUGA